AUGAGCGAUGACAUGGCGCUGCAGGAGGACCUUAACCUUUUCAGGCGUUUUCUCCAGGUCAUCAACGUCUUACAGCUAACGGGCCCCAUAAACUAUCAACUGCCAUUGUAUCGCCACCAACUGUUGUAUCGUGAUCCUCAAAGAUGGUUGGCGGACGUGCAGGCGACGGUGGAGAGUGAGCUAUCGGAAGUCGGGGAUAGCGAAGACGAGCUGAUAGAAGAUGAUGAUAACGAGGAAGAGAGUGCACAAGGUGGUGGCAGUGAGGAUCAGGACGAAAUGCAUUGUGGUGAUGAAGCUGAAGAGGGUGAGAUCCUAAAAGGGGAGGAAGACGAGGGUUUGGAUGAGGACGACGAUGGCGAUGACGACGACGAUGACGAGUUAUUCGAUUACUACGACGAACCAAAGCCUCUUGUCGAACGAGGAGAACCAGAACCGCAACCACCACCACCACCUAAACAACCCUCUCCACCCCUACCACCAUCAUCUCCUCGCCAUCGAGACAAAGACAGAGGCAGGGAUCUUUGUUCACCACGCGGAGCAAUUUGA